AGUGGGAAUGUCGAGCAUUUUAGCGCUUUGGGAAGACUCGUGGUAAAUAAUAACUCCAAAGUAGAAAGCAUCUUUUGUCUCAAUGAAAUAAAUGAACAACAAAUGAAAUUAGGUUUGGAAUUCAUUUAUUUGAAUGUUCUGCCUAUGAUGACAUGCCUUUUUGUGGGUCCCAACAAUUCGUUUUCCCUCCAAAACCUUACAGUAUUAAAAAUCAAGCAAUGUGAAAAAUUGAAAAUUGUUUUCCCCACUUCUAUUUUAAGAUGUCUGCCGCAGUUGCUUCAUAUAAGAAUUGAAGAAUGCAAAGAGUUGAAGUAUAUUAUUGAAGAUGAUUUGGAGAAUAAAAAAUCCUCAAUUUUUAUGUCUACAAAGAUAUGCUUCCCAAAGCUACGAUCUCUUGCUGUAGUAAAGUGCAACAAGUUGAAAUAUGUCUUUCCAAUCUCCAUAUGUAAAGACCUUCCUGAGCUAAAGUGUCUAGUGAUAAGAGAAGCAGAUGAGCUGGAUGAAAUAUUUGCAAAUGAAGGUGAUGAUCAGAAAGUGGAGAUUCCAAAUCUAGAAUAUCUAGUAUUUGAAAAUCUACCAAGCCUCAGUGAUGUCCAGGGAAUUCAUUUUCAAACUGUAAAACAUCGUUUCAUACAGAAUUGUCAAACACUAUCUCUGGCUUCAUCAUCAACAAUAGACUUCGAAAAUAAUAUUUCUGGUUUACCUUCUGUCUGGUUUGACAACGAUUAUGACUAUUUGAAGACUCUAUUCAAGCAAUUACAUGAUGAGUUCAAAGGCCACGAUACUUGUAAUGAAUAUCCAAGUUCAGAAAUCACUGAAGUUCAAGCAACAUCUGGACAUCAGUUGACUUCUUCACAGAAAGAAAUAGAACAAACACUAGAGACAGAGCAUGAAUUUGUUGAAAAUGUUCCUCAACAAAAGAUGCCAUCAGUAGCAAUAAUACCAACAAAUUCAGAAGAGUUGAUAAAUGAGCAACGUCCACUUGGAGAAAUUGAUACUACCGUCAAACCUUCUCAAGAAAAUAAUUUGGAGGGUUCAACGUCAGAAACAAAAGUCGCAUCAACUUUGUCAACCAUUUUAGAAACAGCAAAGAAUGAGCUACCUAUACAAUUAGUUUCUCCUAAACAAAAGGCAUUUCCCCUCAUUUUUCUUGUAUUAUUUUUAACACUUUUUCAAUGUAGGAAUUGAAUUAUACUACAAUCUUCAACAUCCAUUUAAUUUUAAGCAGGGUAUCAAAAUAUGUGUUGAAGAAGGAAUCACAUCAGCUAAUGCCAAGACAAAAACUUC